UGCUGUAAGUUACGGCAGAUGCUCAUUGCAGCUCGACUGAUAUUGCCGUCUAAAAUGAUAUUUUUGACACGCUAUUAUAGAUAUUACGGUAUUACGCUUGUGUGCUAGUGCUGUGGUCGGACCCUGUCCGCCUUUCGCCAUACACCUCGUUUUAGCUACGUGCAUAGGGGUUUCCCGAUGCCUUUACGCUGAUUUCCACAUAAAUUACCUACCUGGGGCAGGUAGAUCGGGGAAGUUCACUCGAAUUCCCCGCGAGGGUUGCGCGCAGGUAAGACGCACAGGAUCCACCGUCCUGGACUGUGCAUCUGUGACCGGCCAAGUUCACCUUUCCCUUCUGGUGCCAGAAAUCACUAACUAAAGGGACGUAUCUGGGUUAGUGAAAGUCGUUGCUCUACAGUCUCCAACUCCACAGCCGUCCGCCGUGCCAAGUUGGGGACCUGGACCUACACCGGCUCACCCAUGCGCCGCGCACUCAGCUCCUGUGACCCAUUGGCGCUCGCGCUGCUUGGGAUCCUAUUCUUUGGAAUCAUGGAACCCGCGAGCACAGCAGGGGCCUGCGUGUGCACUGGGAAAGCUCCAUGCAACUGUGAUGGUGUCAAAGGCAACAAGGGCCAUGUUGGCUAUCCUGGCUUUGACGGACUUCCUGGGACGAUGGGCUUCCCUGGACGCGAAGGCCCUCCAGGGCCAGUGGGCCCUAAGGGGGAGAAAGGCCUUCCUGGCCUAAAUGGAAAACAAGGAUCUCGGGGCUUGACAGGAGUGCCAGGAUUCUCAGGACCACCAGGACAGCCGGGUUUACCUGGAAAUGAAGGGCCUAUGGGACCACCUGGAAUCCCUGGAUGCAAUGGCACAAAGGGUGACCCUGGGAUUCCAGGUCUACCGGGCCUGCCAGGAAGACAAGGCUUCCAGGGUCUUCCUGGGCCACAAGGAUUGAAGGGUGACACAAUCUUCAUUGACUACCACCUCCCAGAUAUACGAGGAGAACAGGGCCUUCCAGGAGCAGACGGAAAACCAGGUGUUACGGGGCUUCCAGGAGACCCAGGGGCGCCAGGACCAAUGGGGCCCGUCGGAAACUCUGGUAGACCUGGCUUACCGGGAAUACAGGGAGAGAAGGGUCUGGAGGGUCGUAGCACUGGUACACCUGGCCGUAAAGGUGUAAAGGGUCAUCCAGGACCUCCUGGCACACCAGGUGUUAAAGGUAUAAAGCUGUACGCUUCAGGACCCAAAGAGUUAAAGGGAGAGCCAGGAGAUGUUGGGGAGAUUGGGGACCCUGGACAGCCGGGUGCUGCAGGACCUCGCGGAUAUAAAGGGAUCAAGGGAGACCCAGGAGAGCCAGGCGGUCCGGGGAAACCAGGAAAGGAUGGUGCGACAGGAAACAUUGGUUUAACGGGGGAGAUUGGGCAGGUCGGCCCCCCAGGCCCCCCGGGUAUUGACGGUGUCGUGGGGGAAAAGGGCGACCAAGGCCCUCCUGGUCCUCCAGGAGAUCUGAUCAAUAUCGCCAAGGUGAUUAAAGGAGCGCCAGGGGUGCCUGGACUGCCUGGUCUCCCGGGUCGAAAUGGACCCCAAGGUCCCAUAGGGUUUCCUGGAAUGAAAGGUGAAACAGGAGAGUCCAUCCCUGGUCCUAGAGGUAAGGAGGGCCCCAAUGGCUUCCCUGGGGGUCUAGGAGAUAAGGGGGACCCGGGCCUCUCCAUCCCAGGCCUACCUGGUCGAGAGGGGGGCAAAGGGGAGCCAGGACCACCAGGUCUGCCGGGCCCACCCGGAAAACAAGAUAUGACAAUGCAUAAGGGUCCGACUGGAGUGGGAGGAGCCAAAGGCAUUCCGGGCCUUCCUGGACUUCCAGGGUUCACAGGCGAGGAAGGUGAGAAGGGAGACAUGUGCUACAUCUGUCCUGUGUAUGGCGGGAGAGGACCUCCAGGUCCAAAAGGAAUAGCUGGCACUCCUGGAAUACCAGGAUCACCAGGUUUCAGAGGAAUAAAAGGCAAUGCCGGUGUUAAAGGUCUGGUCGGUCCCUCUGGUCCCCAGGGCCCACCAGGAAUUUUCGGUGUAAAGGGUAUUCCGGGCCCAAAGGGGGAGCCAGGCUUCAUGGUACCCCCCAAUGAGAUAGGCGUCCCUGGGGAUCCUGGACCCCCUGGUCCCCGUGGUCAGAUAGGAGCACUGGGUGUCCCUGGACUUCCAGGUCUCAACGGCUUGGUGGGGCCCAAAGGAGAUCCCGGCUUUGGAGAGAAGGGGGAUAAGGGCCCUCCUGGGCCAUCAGGAGCCCCCGGUCGGCAGGGUCCUGUGGGGCCACAAGGCCCUCUGACGGUGGGGCCACUGGGGAUCCCUGGACUGAAGGGGAACCCUGGAAUACCAGGCCUGCAGGGCUCACCAGGAGAACCAGGAACAAAGGGGGAUCCAGGAGAGAUACAUGCUCUCCCUGGUGAUGUUGGUCCCCCUGGGCCAAAAGGAAAACCCGGCAUUCCAGGAAAUCCAGGAAAUCCUGGCACCACUGGCUACCCAGGCUUCCCUGGUAACUUUGGCCAGGCAGGACAUAAGGGUCGCUCCAUACUAGGACCUCCAGGAGAUAUCGGACCCAAAGGUGACGAUGGUACGAUGGGGCCUCCGGGGCCUCCAGGGUUCGGUAGUCCAGGGCGACCGGGACCUGCUGGACCUCCCGGGAAACCAGGGGAAGCGGGGACACCAGGGUACGGCCCAGUGGGGGCCACAGGCCGCCAAGGAUCCCCAGGGGAGGAUGGCCUUCCUGGGCUGGCAGGCGACCCCGGACCCUCUGGCGCAUUUGGCGUUCCUGGAAUUCCCGGAAGAGAUGGUGGCCCUGGAGAAAAAGGGUCUUCUGGAGGUGCUGGACGUGACGGACCGAAAGGUUUCCUUGGGAACUGUACAGCAGGAGGUCCAGGAACUAAAGGCGACACCGGCCCCAGGGGUCCCCAAGGUCUCCUAGGUCCAACGGGUUCCCAGGGGGAUCCAGGGUUUGUCGGUGCACCAGGACAGGGUCUUCCUGGGCCUUCAGGUCCAUUGGGAAUUCCAGGCUUCCCUGGGUCCUGUGGUCCCAGAGGUGCGGUGGGAGCAAAGGGCUUCACGGGAGGUCCUGGUAUUCCCGGACUGACAGGUCCUGAAGGUAUUCAAGGAGGUCCUGGCCCCGUCGGCCCACCUGGACCCAGUGGGAACCCUGGACCAGACGGAGCACCUGGACCUAGAGGUUUGCCUGGCGCUAGUGGGGUCGUGGGGUUCCCUGGUCUUCGAGGACUUGUUGGAGAUGUGGGAGACACAGGGCUCAGGGGACCUGAUCAGACGGUGCCAGUGCAUGGAGUAAAUGGAGAUCCAGGAAACCAAGGGUGUCGUGGUGCCACGGGAGAGAAAGGGGAGCCUGGGCUGCUUGGAUUUGAUGGAACCGCUGGCAGAGCCGGCUCACCAGGAAGUGAAGGUCUAGCAGGCCCCAGUGGUGACGCAGGUGCUCCAGGUUCACAGGGAGCUCCUGGGUUAAACGGAGAGCAGGGGGCUCCAGGAAUAAUCGGCUUCCCAGGUGUGAAAGGUGCAAAAGGUGAAAGAGGUGUACCAGGCUCCGGGGGAGAGCCCGGAUACACAGGCCUGAGGGGACUCAAGGGGGCUAAAGGGGAACCCAGCCCACCUGGUCCAGGCUCAAAAGGGCUGCCAGGAGCAAAGGGUGAGCCAGGGUUUCCUGGCCGCAAGGGAGCGAGAGGUCCGAAGGGGGGUCCAGGGGGGCUGGGUGCUCCGGGACUGCCGGGGUAUCCAGGGGAGAGAGGUGAAGAUGGAGUUCCUGGAUAUCCAGGUCCACAGGGGGAAUCUGGAGAGAAGGGGAAGGAUGGAGUACCUGGUACCUGUGGCCCUCCAGGACCAGCCGGACCUUCAGGGCCUGACGGUGACCCAGGCGAGCCAGGGCCUCAGGGCGUCAGAGGAGACCAAGGCAAAGACGGCAUCCCAGGACGAGCUGGGGAGAAAGGAGACAUAGGACAGACUGUUUAUGGCUGCACUGGAUCACAGGGGCUGAAGGGAAACAGAGGUCUGCAGGGAGACGUGGGAUUUCCCGGGCCCUUUGGCCCCUUGGGGCCGUGGGGAGAGAUUGGGGACACGGGGGCCCCUGGAGAAGCAGGACUCCCGGGGCUACGUGGACCUCCUGGCCCAGAAGGGCGCUGCAUAGACGGUCCCAAAGGAGACCGGGGACCCUGCGGACCCCCUGGAGCUCCAGGACCCAAGGGGUUGCAGGGCCCCAGGGGGCCUCCGGGACAGGGCCUCAAAGGGGAGAAAGGAGACCAGGGUACCCCAGGAGACUCAGCCCCCUGUGGGUAUAAAGGAGACACCGGACCGCAUGGAAUCCCUGGGUUACCAGGACUCUCUGGGUUAAAGGGAGUCAAGGGCCACAUGGGACAGGAUGGUGACGUAGGACCCUAUGGUCAGAAGGGCGUUCUAGGGCCACCUGGAGACGCAGGCUGUACUGGCAGCAAAGGAGAACAGGGCCCCAAAGGUCUCAGAGGAAACGAUGCCUACAACUAUGUGACAGUGGUGCCAGCAGAACCGGGUUCACCUGGGCCUCUGGGGGAAAAAGGGAAACCAGGAAGUGAAGGAGCUCCAGGAUUACCUGGCCUGCCAGGAGCAGCUGGCUUGAAAGGCCUCCCAGGAAGAGAUGGGUUCUUGGGUCUGCCUGGAUAUCCUGGAAAGAAAGGAGACAGAGGGUGUCGAGGCCAGCAAGGUCCCCUGGGCUUGGAGGGCCCCAAGGGCCAGAAGGGGCGUAAGGGCAUCACAGGGCCGGCCAGCGGCGGGGUGGCGGGAGACGGCUUCCUCUUCACCUACCACAGCCAGACGGACACCGUGGCUUCCUGCCCGGCCGGCACCCGGCCCCUCUACACCGGCUACUCACUGCUCUUCAUCAACGGCAACAAGAGGGGACACGGACAAGAUCUAGGCUCUAUGGGCAGCUGCCUGAGACACUUCUCCAGCAUGCCGUUCCUUUUCUGUAAUCCGGACGAGACGUGUCACUACGCCUCCAGAAACGACUACUCCUAUUGGCUCACCACUGACCAUGCGGUGCCCACAGACCCCGCCCCCAUCUCUGGCCCCGCCCUGGCACAGUUCAUCAGCAGGUGUGCCGUGUGUGAAGCGCAUGCGAAUGUCAUCGCCGUGCACAGCCAGACCAGCCAGGUCCCCGACUGUCCUCUCGACUGGGUGUCGCUGUGGACGGGCUACUCCUUUGUCAUGCAACUGGGUGCGGGUGCGGAGGGCUCGGGUCAGCCCCUGGCCUCCCCUGGCUCCUGCCUGGAGCACUUCCGCAGGAUCCCCUCCAUCGAGUGCCACGGCCGGGGCACGUGCAACUACUACACCGACUCCUACAGCUACUGGCUGGCCUCCAUAAACCCAGCCACCAUGUUCAGUAAACCAUUUCCACGAACCGUGAAACAGACCCCUGGUGACCUUAUCAGCCGCUGUCGAGUUUGCAUGAAGAACUAGUCCGAGGGCAAAGCCCCACUGCCCAGUGCAGCAAACAGACUCACGCACACAAGAGCCAAUGGCCCUUCGAGCCUUCAGUCACAUGACCAGAAGAGGAAGUCAUGGAACCCAAAUGGUGCUAAAUGGGUGCAUUCCAAUAUGCAGACUUUCGUCCUCCACUUGUGCUUGUGGCCUUGCGUGUUGCUGACGCCCCGCCUCCGAGGAAAAAACAAUAAUGUGUACCCCGCUGUCAGCCUAGCCACAACAAUUUUUGGGGGACUGUUCUUCAUUCACCAUUCCAAUUGAAACUUGGAAAUGACAUUAGAAUUGCGCUUUUGCAAGACAUUGAAUUCAUUUUCUGUCGUCGGGGACGUCAUCAUGAGGUCACAAGCAGGCAAUUGAGCAAGGAAGGACAGAAGUCUGCAUAUUGGAAUGCACCCGAGAUGAACUCCUUGAAUUCAAGCAGCCAUUAUCUCCCAUUGUCACUUCUUUUCUUUUAUCUAUCUAUCUAUCUAUCUAUCUAUCUAUCUAUCUAUCUAUCUAUCUAUCUAUCUAUCUAUCUAUCUAUCUAUCUAUCUAUCUAUCUAUCUAUCUUGUCUGCAUUUCUCGGCUUUCAUAUAUUACAGAGUAUACACGUAAACCAUAAACAAACACGGUGGUAUCACAGAACCACACAUUUCUGAUUUUAUUUUUUCUUUUCUGCAAUUUGUUUCUUGCUUUGUCAAUAACACUCUCUGAAUGAUUUACACAGGUUUGGUGCUAUGGGAAGAUAGGUUGUGUUUUUUUAUAUAUGUAUAUAUGGAAUACCUAUUUAUAAAGCUUAAUAACAAACAAACCCAAGUAAGUACUAAUUUGCAAGUUAUAUUCAAUAUUACACUCAAAGAUGCACAUACACGUACAGUAUUAUUGCAAAUAGGAAAAAAUCUCAUCAGAUCAUUAUCCUGAAAGGGACAGUUGUAAUCCGCAGUAUAUUAGUGAGUCAGUGCAACCAAAUUCCAACAAUUCCAACAAAAAACAUUCAAGUUGUCAUUAAAAUCAUAUCAGUAUAAAUAGGUCAGGUGGUUUUACAGGAAUAAGACAGAGGUGCACAUGAAUUAUUUUCAUGCUACAUUUAUUUUGUCGUCUUUGCUGCGUAACUGGCAAACGUUUUAAACUGAGUUUAGUAACCCAGCACGUUUGCAUCUACUUGCCUCUUGCAUACAUAUUCGUUGCUUUUCUGGUGCAGCAAUAUGUAGGUGCAAGUCAAAGAUGAAUAUGGUACUGAAACAAUAAAUUAAUUGUUUAUGCAAAACAGAGUUUGGCGGGGGGAAAAACAAACAUUACAGGUUAAUGGUCAACUAGUAGACAUUUCAACGCAUUGAUCAACACGUUUAUCAAGGUUUUAUUUGUGCCAUAUGGACUGCUGGUGAGUCUGAAAGGUUUUGAUUGCCUUGGGGAUGGAUGGAUCCAUAGGGCCUACUAUUUACAUGACACAGUAUCAUUCCGAUGCGCCACUUUUCGACUCCAGGUAGCAAUAUUUGCCACCAAGAGUAUGCCCUUGCCUUCUAAAAGGAGAGGGGUGCCCUUGGCGUCAGAUCUUGCCACCUGGUCAAAUGGUGUUGACAAAUUUGGUUAAAAAAAACUGAAAGGGGGUAUGAGACUGUGUUCUAACAUUACAUCAACACAGAGUGCCACUGAGACAUUGGAAGCUUGUAUAAAACAAGUCAUGAAAUUCACUGUUGUGUCAUUGUUAUGGAUCAUAUAAACCUGACAACAAAACUGUGUAAUUUCUGCAUAGUUUUUAAUGCGCUGAUCAGGUCCAUUAUGUAAUUUAGGUAAUUUAUUCCCAAUAAGCCUAUAAGUUACAGUUUUUCUCAAUUGGUUUUGGACACUUCUCACAACAGAAUAAUGAUUCUCAAAAGUGUUUGUUCAAUUGUGACUUCCUGGUGUUACCUGUGCACAUGGUCAAAUCAGUUUUUCAUUGUUUUCGGCAUAUAGCAAAUGCUCUCGUCCACCAUGCCAUGGCUGUGUACAAUUCUCAGUGAUUUCGUACAUUAUCAAUUGCUUUUGUCAUAUCACUCAAAAAGCUGUGUCACUGAAUGCAUGAAACUACAGGUAUCUCAAUCUUAUCUGAUCAAUGUAAUAUAAAACUGAAUUUACAACAUUUCCCAUCCAAUCUAAACAGCAUUUCGCUUUAGAAAAGAUCCUCAAGAGUGUACUAUUCAAUUGACAACAUGAGAAAUUUAUUUGACUAGCUUGUCUAUACACUAUGACACAAUGACUAACCAUUCUGCUGGCGCUGAUACGUUCAUUGACACAAAAAACUUGGUUUUGAAAGACAAAUAAGGGUUUUGAGCAAGAGACUCGGUUUUGCAGGUUAUCCACCGUGUUUUGCCAUUUGUUAAAGCUGUUUUGAGAAUGAAUAUUAUGUUUUGCAAAUAGCGAGAGAGAUUCGAGAAAUGUACAAAACCAAUUGAGAAAUACUGUAAUACACUAUUAACUGGUCUGUCCAGAGUAGCUUUUGCAGCCAAAGAUACUUUAUUGAUAACUGGUCAUACAAAAUGUCAGAUUUACGUAAAUAUUUCUGGAAUUAAAAUUAUAAAGUAACACAAUGGACCUUAAAUGUGAGCGACACUGGAUUUAAAGGCCUGAAAUGCGAAGCCUAUGACUUAAUGGUUGUGUGACAUGCCAUGACAUACUAUGUAAAGAGGGCCAUAAGGUAUAGCCUAUAUACUAUAUGAUAAUAUGGGUUUGGCUACUUAGUUUUGUCCAGUAAUUUCCACCACAGCUGAUACAGAUGGUUGGGCAAGGUGGAGAACACAUGAAUACACUGUAUGUCCCUGCUGAAGCCGAUACUUCUCUACGGAUGUCAGAUUAACCCUAUUUCUUUGGUAUGUUAGAAUGUUCUUACUUGUAUUUGCUAAAUGUGUGCCUUUAUAGUUGUAAAUUAUUGUUGUAAUAUUUUUUAUAAUACAAAGUCGGAAUGCUAGUUUGCAUAGUGCAGUGAAAUGUACACAACAUGAUGUGUUUGAAAAUGCACUGAACAUCGGAAAGAGGUGUAAAGGUGUGUGGUCUUUUGGAUCACGGAAGUGGUUCAAAUAGUCCACAAUAUUUUAGAUGAUGUUUUCCAUAUUGCUGGAAGUUAAUGCUUGCAGGGCAAAGAUCGAUAAGUCACAUUUAGAAUUUUAGUUGCAGUUUAAAAAAAAAACAAAAAAACACGGAUAAUGCUGAUCGAUGACCAUGCUUACUUUCUGGAGGGAAAAAAAUCGAAAUUCGCUCCAAACUAAUGGGUUCUAUUUUUUUUUAUUUUCUGUUUCUCCAUAUCUACUGUAUGUACAAGAUGGAAUAUUUGAUUGUGAUGAUCAUUAAACAUCUGCUAACGGUGUCUUCUUACAGGUUGGGAUG